CCUGUUGGACUUUUCCUUCAAAAUUAGUUUUUGGAAAUUAAAUUAUCUGUUUUCGGAACCCACCUCGUUGCAGAUGACGGCUCUGUUGUCCUGUCGUUGGCAGUCCGCCAGGCUGGUCAAGAGGGCCGUUCCAACUGUCACCCGAUCCCUGCACCACCACAUAGACACCCUUUCCCUGGCCGAACUGCUGGGCGCUACCAAUCUGCGUAAGAGAACGCCCGAGGACUACAAGGUACUCCGCGAAAUCUACACCUCCUUCGAGCGCUACAAUGCCGUAGGCAAUGACAUUCAGCUGACAUUGAAGGAGCGCACCGCCAACGAAAUGAUCAUGUGCGAGAAGAAACGAGAGUACGAGAAGGGCAUCAUGGACCCCACCAAGUUCGCCCCAGGCUAUCACAUCUUUGAGGUCUUGCAUAAAGUUCAGGAGUCGCCACUCUUCCAAAUGCUGCAGAAGAUGCCCAAGGGCGGGGCUCUCAAGCUCAUAGACUCCUCCAUCAGCAGCCUGGACUGGGUCAUUAAAGUCACCUAUAGGGAGAACCUCUGGGUCUGCACCACCAACAACGGUUGCCACAUCGAGGAGUUUCGUUUCUCGAAGGAGAAGCCAAAGGACUCUGACUCCAAGGACGGCGAGUGGCAGACGAUGGCGCAACUGAGGGAGUAUCGCGGCGAGGAAAAUCUUAAGAAGUACCUGCUAACACGCCUCAGCAUGUAUCCUCUCACCAGCUUCACCACCAACGACCAUGCCUGGCAGCACCUGAUGGGCAUCUUCUAUCUGCUGCAGGGCCUCCUCCGGUAUGCCGGAGUCUGGGGCGAUUACUUCUACAACGCCCUUAAAGAGUUCUAUGCGGAUGGGGUGCAGUACAUAGAGCUCCGGUCGCUAAUACCGAGUCUCUACUGUCUGGACGGUAGCCGUUUGCCCGCCAGGGUUGCCGUGGAAAUAUACAGGGACACACUGCGUCAGUUCAAGGAGGAGAAUCCCGGUUUCAUAGGUUGCAAGUUGAUCUACGCCAAUCUGAGGCAUGUGGAACCCAAUGUUGUGGCACAGUACGUCAAGGAGUGCACAGAAUUGAAUAAAGAGUUUCCAGGCUUUGUAAUUGGUUUUGAUUUGGUGGGUCAGGAGGAUAAGGAACAUCCACUGAGCCGGUAUGUCCCAGAGCUGCUGAAGCUGCCCGACCACAUAGACUUUUAUUUCCACGCUGGCCAGACCAACUGGUACGGCUCCCACGUAGACGAGAACCUGAUAGACGCCAUACUGCUGGGGGCGAAGCGAAUCUCCCACGGCUACACCAUCACAAAGCACCCUAUUCUGAUGAAUCUGGCCAAGUACAUGAACAUCGCCUUUGAGGUCUGUCCGGUGUCCAACCAAGUGCUCCAGCUUGGCUCCGACUAUCGCAACCAUCCGGCAGCCACUCUGAUUGCCGAAAACGUGCCCAUGGUGAUCUCGUCAGCUAACCCUGCCCUUUGGAGGGCCAAGCCCUUGUCUCACGAUUUCUAUAUGGCCUUUCUGGGCAUAGCCCCGAUGAACGCCGAUCUAAAGUUCCUCAAGCGUACCGCCAAGAACUCGUUGCGCUUCAGCUCCCUCAAGGACGAGGGCAAGGCCAAGGGCAUGCUGAAGUGGAAGAAGGAAUGGGACGAGUGGGUCGACCUGAUUGUGGAAGGAAAGCUCAUGGUCGACGAGAAGGGGAGCUCCAAAAAAGAGAACACACCUAAAACUUCUAAAUAG